GUGAAUUCAAGCUUACAACCACUUUGAUCGAUAAUAUCUGCAACUGAUAGAUAUAUUCCCUAGGUUCCUCAGUAGGCCUUAUCUUCAUGGACAAAGAUCCUAAUUUGGAAAUCCAACUUCCUCCUGGAUUUAGAUUCCAUCCUUCUGACGAGGAGCUCAUCGUUCAUUAUCUUCGAAAUAAAGUGACUUCAUGUCCACUUCCUGCUUCGUUCAUAGCAGAAAUUGAACUUUACAAGUAUAAUCCAUGGGAGCUGCCAAGCAAAGCUUUGUUUGGGGAGGAAGAGUGGUAUUUCUUUACUCCAAGGGACAGGAAAUAUCCCAAAGGAGUGAGGCCUAAUAGAGCAGCUGGUUCAGGAUACUGGAAAGCUACUGGGACUGACAAACCAAUUCUCACUUCCUGUGGGAUGAAAAGCAUUGGAGUGAAGAAGGCCCUUGUGUUCUACAAGGGACGUCCACCAAAAGGAUCUAAAACUGAUUGGGUCAUGCAUGAGUACAGGUUGCAUGAUUCAAUGAUCUCAAAUUCUAAGCAAAGAGGGUCUAUGAGACUGGAUGAGUGGGUGCUUUGCCGGGUUCGGCAAAAAAUCAGCAGCCCAAGAAGCACUUGGGAAGAAUCUAAUGAACAUAGCUAUGAACCAGUAACAAGCAACUUUCAACAAAUAAAUGAGAGCUCUUAUUCUGAACCAGUCAAAAACUCUGCGCAGAAUGAAUUUCCAAUGCUGCCUUAUAUUUUGGCUUCUAAGACUGUUCUGCCUAAUUCCAUUGGUAUUUCCUCAAGCUCAGGCUUUGGCAGUAAUGGAAAUGAUGAUAUUAAACCAUAUGCUUCACUUCAUGAAGACAGCUUAAGCAUAAUGGAAGCUAAGUUCUUAGCAUCUGCAACCGAGUGCUUGCUUAAUCCGCUAAAGAGAAAAGCCACUGAAGAAAAUGAGUUGGACUUUUAUGCUGUCAAUAAAAAACUAUGCAAAGAAGUUGAUGACAGGGAGCAAAAACAUGAGACAGAUACUGCCAUAGGCUAUAACUUCAACUACUUCAACCAGUGGACUUCGAUCAUGCAACCACAAUAGCUUCAUAUACAUGAGUUACUUAGAUGCAUGUAUAUAUGUGCAAAAUUGUUUGUGUGAAACUGUGUACAUAUAGAACCUGUAUAGAUCUGUCUGCAGUAUGGGUAGAUGGAAAGUGAAUUCUAUAUGUAAAUAAGAAACAAUGCAGUAGGUUACAUGUCCUUACAGUUUGAUUAUUCUUUUCAGGACAUAGGAAUGUAUAUAGCUGUAAAAGUGUGGUAUACUUUCUACACUCUGUUACAGCAUAUUAUUUCAAUUGCGUGUAUUGGGGAUAUGAGAGAUAGUUUGAAGAAUAAAGUGGCACCAUAGUGCCACUUAGUUGCUCAUUGUAUUAUAGUUUGAAAAUUAAUAAUGGUAUUGAUGCAUUUCUUUCUUGUUUU